AUGGCAGCAUUUUCCCUGGCGCCGUCUCUAGAAGCAAAUAUACAAGGCUACACUUGUCAAUGCAAAAGCUGUGAAAAAUCCCUAUUAUGGAAACCCUGGCUUGUCAGGUUGUUUUUAGGGGGCUUUAUUUGCCCAUUGUUUUGGAUGGUAAAUAUGUACUUGUACUUGCGCAUUCAUUGUUGGGGCAAGUCCGAUAUAUUACUUCCACUCGUAGCUCCUAACGAGCUGCCCACCCAACUAGAACUUGAAAAGGACGUGAUUAACAUGAAAUUGCUCCAUGAAACCGUUGAUGACUCUAUAGAGGAAUUUUGGGAGAAUUCAACGGUCCUGGGUCCCGCUUCUACGUCCCGAACAUCGUUAUCUACAAGCGAGGUUCCUACUGAAAUCACACAUUCCGAUUACUUAAAAGAAAUUGCCAAAACCGUUAUACAUUCUCAUGACUACUUUAGAACAGUCUUCCUUAAUUGGUUUUUAUUAUCUCUAUGUGGCUUGGCAGGCUUUCUAGUCAUAAUAAUAUUCUUAGUUGUUCUACCAAUUUAUUACUCCAGGGUGCUUCAUCAGUAA